GAUGCGCAUAACAGAAAGUCGUAAAAUCGAGAGCGAAAUUUCUGUCAUCACAUCACGUACUAAACUACUUCGUAGGCUGUUUGCGAUGCAACGAGGGAUACCGAUGAUCACCCUGAUGCUCCUAUAAAUACGUUUGUCAUUGCUCGACUUAACGUCAGUCUUGUUCACGACACGUUUAUUCAUCUAUAGAAUCACGAGCAAAAAAAUGACUUGCAAGUCAGUAAUCGUCCUAAGUGCAGCGGUGCUAGCGGUAUGUAAAAGUGCAGUUGUUCCAUCACCAGCUCUACCGGCCAUUCCAGCUGUCCCAGCUGCAGCUGUUCCAAUCGCCAAGCUUGGGAUCGACAACACAGGUUUCGAUCCUUAUCCUCAGUACUCUUAUGCCUACGAUGUCCAAGAUACGCUGACUGGUGACGCAAAGAGCCAGUAUGAAAGCAGGAACGGUGACGUCGUCAGCGGUAGCUACUCCCUUCUGGAAGCUGAUGGUACAAGACGCAUUGUCGAAUAUACUGCCGACCCGGUGAACGGAUUCAACGCCGUAGUUCGUCGAGAACCUCUAGUGGUGGCGAAACCCAUCGUCAACGUUGCUGCACGGCCAUUAGUUUAUCAACCUUGAUGGAUACUUGUAUAAUAUUAUAAUAUCGGACAGCCACUAGUCAUAUUAUGUAUUGCUAAAAAUUUUUAGCUGAUUCUUAUUAAAAAUAUUUUACAACCUGUAUGCGAGAGAAUUAAUUUUGUUCUGUGAAUAACUGUGAUCCCCAUCUUAUGUGUUU